AUGUACGCAAUUCACCCUCGUCGAGAAGUGUUUCUCAACGGAAAAAAUAACACCUACGCUUCCUUCAUGGUCUGCCAGCGACUUACACCACACCAGCACCAAACAAUCGCACCUUCUCCGGCCGCCAUAUUGCAUCGCCUGGAGCGACACCUGGUCUUCGCAACCCUCAUCGCCGAGGGGAAGUGGUGGAGGAUGCUGUCGAAGGCGCACAGUCUUAGGCUUACCUCGUCGCCGGAGACUCGUAUCGCGGGGUGCGCCGAGUUUGGCUUGAAUCCGCGCAAAGCCCGUCUCUGCCCAGAUGAGCCGGAGGAGGUGGAGGGGGUGCGUAGGAGCAAGGAGCUGGAGGUGGAGGGGGUGCGCCUAGCGGAGGCGGGACUGCUCAACCUGGCGGCGACCAAGUUCACCCUGGCCAUCGAGUCGGCGCCGAGCCGGCCGCAGCCGUAUAACAACAGGGCGCAGGUGCUCAGGCUCCUGGGGGAUGUCGAGGGAGCCCUUGAAGACGUGAACAAUGCCUUGAACUUGGCCAAGGAGGGGGUGCACGACUUCACAGCCAGCCAGGCCCUGUGUCAAAGGGCUUGCAUCCUCCGCCUCCAGGGCCAAGAAGAUCAGGCCGUCCAAGACUUUGAACGAGCUGCGAGGCAUGGCAAUUCCUUUGCCAAGGGACAGUUGGUCCAGCUGAAUCCAUAUGCAGCGAUGUGCAAUAAAAUGCUUCAUGAAGUGAUGGAGAAGCUGCAGAGAUCAGCACUAGUAUGUCCAGAAGGAGAGGUAGAGAGAGACAAUCACCUUGUAGAGAGGCCAGAAAGAGGCAAAGAAGCCAACAUCCUCUGUGAGGUUGGGCAGGAUCCACAGAUGAUGUCGACCAAACGUCAAGGCCCAGACGAUGCAGAAAAUGACGAGCCGAAGGACAGUGAGCCCCAGGAUGACCACCAAGAACCCGACAGCUGCCAAGCUCAACCAUUGUAUCCUAGCGUCAGUCUGACUGCAUUGGCCCGAUGGAGGGCUGCCCAAAUGGCUGAGCAAGGCAAAGGGAAGGAGAGGAGACCCUAUCUUGCAUCAGAGUGUGAUGACCUGAAGGAUGCUGAGAAAUGGAGAUCACAGAUUAUCAGGGAAAUUUCCAAAAAAGUCUCUCAGAUACAAAAUGCUGGUCUUGGGGAAUUCAAACUGCGUGACCUGAACGAUGAGAUCAACAAGCUUCUAAGGGAGAAGGGACACUGGGAAGUUCGAAUACGGGAACUGGGUGGCCCUGAUUACCACAGGGUGGGUCCUCGUAUCUUUGACAAAGAAGGAAAGGAAGUCCCUGGAAACAGGGGAUACAAGUAUUUUGGAGCUGCAAAAGAUCUACCUGGAGUGAGGGACCUAUUUGAGCAACCCCCUGCCGAGGCGCCUAGGAAAACAAGAGCUGAACUCGUGAAGGACGUUGAUGCCGAUUACUAUGGAUAUCGGGACGAGGAUGAUGGCGUCCUUGUACCAUUGGAGAAGGCUGCAGAGAAGGAUGCUGUGAGGCGGUUGGUGGCUGAGUGGAAGGGCAAGAAGGAAGCAGGUAUGCGUGAUUCUGAAAACCAAGGUGACGAUAUUCAGGCACCUGUGGCAUCACAAGAACAAGCAAUGGAAUGUGAUGAGGUGGAAGAACCAGAAGUGAACACCAAGGAAGAUGACACUAAAUUCUUUGCUCAUGUUCCUGUUCCCUCACAAGAGGAUAUCGAAAAGGCCUUGGUUGAAAGGCGCAAGCGUGAACUCCUCCUUCGAUAUGCUGGGGAGAGUGGCGCCAAGGCCAAUCGCAUGGAGGCAGCCAUGUUGAGCAGCAAUGCCAUUUCAGCAGCUGCGCCUCCCCCCUCCGGCCUCCCGAACAUUCAACAUGGCGUCUACCUGAUGCUAGUGUUAAGAAAUGAAGGGAGUGAAAUGAGGGCAGAUUCUGUGAGCAUCCACUCAGCUCAGGAAGAAGAUUCAUCCCCAAUGAUUGGGGGUUGCUGUGUCUGCUCCGAGGAGAACGGAUCCCCGGAGAAUCCCCUCGUCUACUGUGAUGGCAAAGGAUGUAGUGUUGCUGUGCAUAAAGCUUGCUAUGGUAUAGUGGAAGUUCCGCCUGGAGAGGAUCCUUGGUAUUGUCGAAAGUGUGAAGAAGGAGUUUGCAAAGCAAAAUGUGAGUUAUGUCCUAGCAAGGAUGGAGCAAUGAAGAGAACAGACACGGGUGGCUGGGCUCAUGUCCUUUGUGGUCUGUACAUCCCUGAGGUCCAAUUUGGGAACUUGACCACAAUGGAACCUCUGCAGAUAGGUUCAAUCCCAACAGAGAAAUUUGAAAAGGUCUGCAGUCUGUGCAAGGAGAGAGGGAAGGAAAAGAAGGCAACUGUUGGGGCCUGCAUGCAGUGUGCCAAACCAGGCUGCAAAGUGUCAUUCCAUGUCACCUGUGCACAGGUGGCUGGCCUUCUGUGCGAGCAAGCGGCCGGCAACUCCUCCGACCACGUCCAGUACUGUGGAUAUUGUGCAGUGCACCUGUCGAAACUGAGACGUGGCUCCAAGACCAUCAAAGCGUUCAAGCCCCUGGCCAGCUUACACAGCCCAGAGUCCUCUCCGGACAAGAUCUCUGACCCGAGUACAAGUUCUGGCUUUGGAAAGACGAAAAGGAGGAAAGCGAGCACAAGUGGGACUCCACGGGGACCUAGCCCGAGUGGAGUGGGCUCGCCCACUCCUCCGCCUGACCUCAUUGAGCCAAAAGAGGAAAGUGGUGAUGGUUCAUCAAAAUUCACCACUGCCAACUUUACUGAGAUGUCAGUGGUAGCUGGUGACAGCAUCUUUGGAGGUGGAGGACGGAGCAGUGGGUCUGAAAUGGAACCGACGUCCAGUGAUGUUCCAUCUUUUAGCACUGCUCCUCCAGCUGAAAGAGAUGGAUCAGGGGAGACUAUGGAAGUUGUGAAGGCAGAAGAACCCUCAGCCAACCUCCCCUUGUCUUCAUCAGCCCCAGCCGCACCUCCUCUUCCUUCUACGUCGUCUUCUGCUGCUCAAUACACUGACUUCUUUGGAGCCAGUGUGAUGGAAGCAGCUGCCAGUACAAAUUCACGCAAGAAGUCUGGGAAGGAGAGGGCAAGGGGGCGGAAGGCACAUAGACAAGGUCGAAAACCCAAGACUGGAUAUGGGAGACAUACAGGGGAAAACACGUCAGUAAGAUCAGAGGAGCACUCCCAGGUUCUCGAUGAAGGAUACAAACCAUUCAGCUUGCUGGGUAAUGAGCUGAACCCGUCUUCUACCGUGGCCAAGCAGAUGUUUGAUACUUUUUACCCCAACGUGGAUGCGACGGGGACACCGGCUCUAUCCGAGGAACGGACCCCGGAUCCAGUCGACGUGAAGCGUCUCCGGAAUCUCUUUGCUCCCUCGCCGCUUCCAGUUCGCCAUGAAAAUGAUGGAGAGAGGAAGCCGCCAGUGACGCUGGAGGACUUGGUGGAUUGCCCUCUGGAUGACUCUCUCAGCUUCCUCAUUGGGCACAACCAAUCCCUCAAUUUGCCCCGACUCCUGAACGAGGUGUGUGAGCUGAGGGAAGACAACCAACGAAGGAGACAUCGGAUUGAAGAUAUGCAGAAGAAGCUCCACCAGCUGAGGAGUCUCAAGCAGGAGCUCAUGCUCACCACCACGCGAUCCAUAGCCCAUCAUCACCAUAUGAAUCCUCAUCAUCAGCCAACGGAUGGAUCCCCAUCAAACAUGCAUCGAAUGCCUGCAGCAGGGACACCCACUUCCCAUCAUAAGACUCAAUCUCCUGUGGCUCCUGCUUCACAUCAUCCCAACCCCAUUCAUCCGGUCUCACAUCCGCAUCCGAGUCCAUCUUAUCACGUGCGCACCCAUCCCGUGUAUCCUCCAUCGGGGCCAGCUCCUCAAGGCCACCUGUCUGCAGCUGCACCGCCGCAGGGGCCUGCCCCGCCACAGCAGCUACCCCCGGGGCAUCAUCCCCCGGCCGACUUGAGCCGCAAGGGUCUCCCCCCGACACCCCAUCCUCAUGCCUACCGAGCCCAUCUCCCUACCUCUCAGCCCCAGCACUGGCCAACAUCCGAAGGUACAAAGAUGAACAAGACGCACUGAGGUGGACCUUCCGAGAUCCGUGCGUUCCGAGUAUGUACCUGUGAUUUCAUGAUGAUGCCUGAUUUUGUUACAAUAUUCAGUAAUAAAUUCUCAUCGACUUUGACCGAUCA